UAAAGGGACAAAACAUUUUGGCCACUAGUAGAAAAAAAAUUAAAAAAUCCAAUCUUGUUUUUAAUGGUCUAUCUCUGCUGAAUCCCACUUCAUUUCUUGCUCAUGUUUCAUCUGUGAGAAAUCAAAUCAAACUUGCUGAGUAGAUUCAGCUUUCUGUUGUCUGCUAUGGCUUUCUUUGCUUCUAUCUCCGCUUCUACGCUCUCUGUACCAACCCCAAUUCGCAGGCCGAUAAUGAUUUCGCGCCGUUUGUUGUGUCCCUUAGCUACUCUAAGUUCAUCAUCUUCCCCUGAAUCAGCAUCUGCUUCAGCUUCAACUAGAACCAUUGAUUCCUCCAAGAACCCAUCUACACCGUUUGUUGAAUCCUCUAGACCCCAUGAUUCCAGCUUCAACUAUGCACGUGCUAACCCAACAGGUAGCAGCCCAUUUGUGCGGUUUGUUCUCUCUACUGAAUCUAACAUUGAGAGGCUAAUCUUUGAUUUCCGUUUCUUGGCACUUCUGGCUAUUGGAGGCUCAUUGGCUGGUUCACUUUUGUGCUUCUUAAAUGGUUGUGUUUACAUUUUUGAUGCAUAUAAAGUCUAUUGGACAAGCUGUGUUAAAGGAAUUCACUCUGGACAGAUGGUUCUGCGCUUAGUUGAAGCUAUUGAUGUUUAUCUUGCUGGGACUGUGAUGCUAAUCUUUGGCAUGGGCUUAUACGGAUUAUUUAUCAGCAAUGUGCCUCCUGAUGUUCCUUCCCAUGUCGACCGAGCUCUGAAAGGCUCUUCCUUAUUUGGAAUGUUUGCUUUGAAGGAGAGGCCGAAAUGGAUGAAGAUCAGCUCACUUGAUGAACUGAAGACAAAAGUAGGGCAUGUUAUUGUUAUGAUUCUUCUGGUGAAGAUGUUUGAGAGGAGCAAGAUGGUAACAAUAGCUACAGGAAUGGAUUUACUAAGCUAUUCUGUUUGCAUUUUCUUGUCAUCUGCUUCUUUAUACAUCCUUCAUAAUCUGCACAAGUCAGACUAGAGAUGGAUGUCAGAUACAUAAACUUGCAUAUAAUGUAAUUAUUAAUUUAUGACUAGUAUUAGUUUUGAUCU